AUGACGUUUACUUGUGUACGUCUUCAAGGUGGUCAAUGUCAAGAUGAUGAUGAUCGUAAGAGAUUUGCAAAUAAUUUAGCUUCAUUUAAAGGUGGUGUCAAUGCAUUGGAUGCAUUAGCUCAACAAGCCGAUGCCGAUAGGAUCAGGAAAAGAAAAGAAAUAUUUAGAGAAGAAUUAUUAGCUGCUGCUAAAACCAUUGAAGAUACGGCUAAUUCUUUAUUGGUUGCAAAGUCAAAGAUAGAACCAAAGAAAGAAGGAGAUGCUCUUGAUGUCGCUGAAGCUAUGCUGGAAGCCGCUAUGGUAAUUACUAGUGCUCAUCAACUUUGUCUAUCACAACAUAAACUUACAAAUGCUGCAAAGAGUGUACAAAUGCUACAAACUUAUUAG